UAAAAACCUAACAGGCAUUUUUGUGUGAGAUGUGCCCCUCCUCCACCUAUCUGUCCCCACCCAGAGGGAAAGCUGUGGCUGAAGGGACCAGAAGUGACUUCUUUCUCAGGCUAAGGAAGGAAAAGCUAACCAAACAGAAAAGGCAUUUUUACACUGCUUAAAAACAAUGGGAAUUUGUGAACUGUCCCUUAAGCCAGGAAUGGGAUUUGCUUGCUAGUGGAAUCCAGCUGUGAGUCAGAUAUUUGGGUUUGGAAGAGGAGCAAGGACAAGGAGAAGGGAGAAAACUGAUGGGUCAGAAAUAGAGCUGAACAAGGCAACCGCUUUCAAAGGGAAGAGUGUCUCUGUGGUGGAAGAAUCCCCCUGUGUCUUCAGCAGUCAAAGAAGAAGGUCCUCGAGGAACUAUGGGGAGCAAGAAGAAGAUCAGUGUUCCAGCAAAGUUAAUCAAUGGAGGUGUGGCCGGGCUAGUGGGAGUGAGCUGCGUCUUCCCAAUUGAUUUGGCGAAAACCCGUCUUCAAAACCAGCAGGGACAAGGAGUCUAUACUGGAAUGCGGGAUUGCUUGGUGAAGACUCUGCGUUCAGAGGGAUUCUUCGGCAUGUACCGAGGGGCCGCAGUGAACCUGACACUGGUCACGCCAGAGAAAGCAAUCAAGCUGGCAGCCAAUGACUUUUUUCGACAGCUGCUGUCACAGGACAGGAAGGAGUUGACGCUGAUGAGGGAGAUGCUAGCUGGCUGCGGAGCUGGGGCCUGCCAAGUGGUGGUCACCUCCCCCAUGGAGAUGCUGAAAAUUCAGCUUCAAGAUGCUGGACGACUGGCUAUUCAUCAGCAAAAGGUUUUGGGAACAGAUGGCCCACAGGCUCCCUUCUCCCAGCCCCCACAGGACAGGCCUUACACCACUGGCACAGCCUCAGCAUUCAAGCGCCCCUCGGCCACUGUGAUCGCCAGAGAUCUUCUGAAAACCCAAGGGCUAGUGGGACUGUACAAAGGCCUGGGAGUCACCCUGCUCAGGGAUGUGCCUUUUUCCAUUAUCUAUUUCCCACUGUUUGCCAACAUCAACAAACUGGGACAGAGGCACUCUGAGGAGAAGGCACCCUUCUUCCAUUCAUUCAUGUCUGGCUGCGUGGCAGGAUCCGUGGCUGCAGUAGCAGUGACCCCACUGGAUGUUUUAAAAACCCGAAUUCAAACUCUCAAGAAAGGCCUGGGAGAGGACACCUACAAUGGAAUCAUUGACUGCGCCAGAAAGAUCUGGACACAUGAGGGCCCUGCUGCCUUCAUGAAGGGGGCAGGCUGUCGGGCCCUGGUUAUAGCACCCCUCUUUGGCAUAGCCCAGGGUGUCUAUUUUAUUGGCAUUGGUGAAUAUAUCUUGGGAUAUUUCCACUAGAACUUGUUCUGGCUAAAUCAGGCCUGGCUGAAGAUCGCACACAAGUUUACUCCCCACUGCUGCAGAACUGGAUUUGCCAGAAAUGGACAGGACCAUGUUGUAAUCAUUUCUCUUAUGGACUGCACCACCACCUUCAGUUUUCUCUGCCCGUGAGCAGGGGCCAACACUGGCUGUCAGCUAUAUUAUGGCUUAAAUUUCCUGCUACUUUCAUACAUCCACUUGACGUUCUGCAUGCUACAGCUAGCCUCUGCACAUGUAAACACAGGGAAGAAUGAUCUAUGUAUCCUUACUUGUUUUUCCCAGGAUAGUAUAACACAAGAGUUUGUCCUUUGAAUGGCUGUGUGUAAGUAGGGAUUCAUUGUUUUCUUAUAGAGGUGAUCUCAAGGAUUGUUUGAGGUCAGAGGGUCCUGUAUGAACCAAAGAGGCCUAGAUAGGACUCCGCUUCCUAAUGACCAGUUUGCCCAUGUAUGAUCUGCAAUCUCUUGUCCAGUAUCCAUCUCGCAUUGUUUUUAAAUGCAUCACUGUUUGCUUUGCUUGACUGCAGUGGCUGUUCCAUCAAAUAGUCAGAGGGGGUUCAAACUCACUUGUUCCAGCAGUGUCUGAAUGUAAACAGGUGAGGCACAGCAGUCAGAACACAAAGGUGUAAGUGUGAAACAGUUUUGUUCCUUCCAUGCAGGGUCAGAAUGCAGUGGGGGGAGGUGGAGGCGAGGGGAGAAGGCAGCAAAACUAGAAAGACUUACGGCUUAGGUGUACAAUAGUUUACAUGUAAAAGAAAAAAAAAGAUUUGAGCCUAACUCCUCUACUCAAAUUGCAGAUCAAACAAUGAAAAUCCUGCAGUGCUGAAUCCUGAAAAAUACUUAACCCAGAGUUAGUGUCUUUUCUUUUUAUCUUGCCCUCUACCUCCAUUUCCAAAGGAAAUGCUCCCAUUAUAGUACAGUUUCCCCCAUGCAGAAAAUAACCUGUAGUUCUGCCUCUGAGCCUGCAAUAUGAAGGAUAACACUUUAUUUUAUAACUGUAUCCCUGCAGCCUGCUAAGCAGCAUAUUCAUGAUGGCAUUAUAUGAAAGCCUUAUUACCACUGCAUGAAAGUAUGGAAGGUUGGCUGAGUUUCAUUUACAGGACUAAACAUAGGGCUAGGAGUCAGGAACUGUGUGUGCUAAGCAUAGCUGUGCAGUGACUUACAUUGUGGAACUGGGCAAGUAACCUUGGUAUAUUUCACUCCCCAAGCUGUACCCUAGGGUUAAUACUUAACAUCUCAGGGAUAUUAACAAUGAGGGUUUUGUAAAGCAGGCCCUGCCAAGUAGAUGAUGCAGGGACGAUUGCUGUAUUACUGUAAAUCAAAGCUGCACAAUGCUAGCAGCAGGAGAGAGGGUAGUAGCAGCUGCUUUUCUAGCUAUGUUAUUUGAGACCAGCCCACCUAAGUGCUGAAGCGUAGCUGCGUAAAGAGUAAAGUUUCUAAACUCCAACUGGGGAGGGAGGCAGGAGUACAUCUGGUAGAAGAGGCUGAUGCUUUUACAGCUAGUAAGCCGCCCUUAACACUGUCUCACUCUAAUUCUGUCCGUCCAAUACCAGAAGGGGAGCUACUGCCUCACAUUUAGGAAGGGAAGGAAGAAGGCUGGUCCUAGAUUCCCUUAGUCAGAAUAUUAGCUUAAAUGUUAACAGUGCUAAUGUACUGACAGAACUUCUCCAUCAGUUCAACUUGCAGCCAGGACAAUGAUCUGAGACUCAGAUUUUUAUCUUAAGUGGAUCAAAAGCCAAUCAAAACCAAAUGUUAGUAGAUAGUAAUAUAUAUAUGCCACCUGCUCUUCCUGGCCAGAGCAGAUAUUCUGUGCACGUUACCUCUCUACUUCUGGGAAAGAAAGUUCACACACUCUAGUCUAAUGAGCUCAGUUGUUUACUCCGUCCAAGCUCUAUUUAUAGAAGGUGGAGGCUGCGGCAAACCAGAGAAUCCAGCUGAUUGAGUAGCAUUAGGGGCAGUCUCCUCUCUGACUAGGAGUCAAUAUUUUAGCUUACUCGCUAAAUGGUGUAUUAUGCAUCCAGUACUAUGUUCAUAUGUAUUUUAAUGUUUCUACCACCUAUUAAACUACUACAAAAAGCUGGUUCUGUAAA